CCCGUAUUUAUAAGGAAGUGACUUGCCUCUCAAGCACCAGAGCGUUUGUCUGCCUGAGAGGACGAGAGUCUAACCCUGAAGCAUGAGGCUGUUAGUGGUAUCAGUGUGCCUACUGGCUGGCUGCCUGGCCCAGGAGCCUCACCCGUGCUCAAGUCCUCCUCUUCUGAGCGGGGGCCUCACUGUGACCACACAGAAUGAGAAGCUGUUCACCGUCGCCCAAUACAUGUAUGAUGCACUGGGACGGCGGAUACGACUCAGGGAGCUGGGCAAAUACGAGAAUAAGACGUUCACCUUUGACGCUCUUCUGCUCUUCCGUGAGGCUACCAUGUAUGAGAUUAACGAACGUGCACGUACAUGCAUAAAAAGGCCUCUGAAGGUAGACUUCCAGCCUAUGGAGAUCCCAAAGGAUGCAUCUCUGCUGGCCCAGUCUAUUUUGGGCAGCUCAUCUGGGCCCGGAGAAGGACUCCUGAUCAACACGUGGGUAGGAGAGCUGCCCAACAAAGGAGGAAAGUACUUGAGCACGGUCACUGAAUUCGGUUGCAUUCCUGUCAGCUCGGUUUACCACACUGAGCAGUUUGGAUGGAUGGUGACAAGCUUCUACAACAACAUCAUUGGGAUUUCAGACCCCGGUCAGCUCAACCCUCCAAACUAUUGCCAGGAUGCAGACACGAAAACUGAGGAGGAGCCGGCAGACUUCUUCAGCGUGUUCCUGAACAUACAGUGAGGGCUGUCCUCAUACUGUUUUUGAGAUUUUUAAUAAAGCAAGAGGAGCAACUAAAUCA